AACUGCAGUGAUUGGAUACUUUAUAGGAGGGUGUGGCUAUGUGACCCUUGAGGAGAGAGCGUCUUUAUGGAAAAAGAGUAUGAAGGUACUGCAGCUUUUUAAAUCUUUACAUAGGACAAGACAGGCUGUGUUUCAGAAUGAUACGAGGGCUUUGGAAGCCGCAAGGCAAAAGAUCAAUGAAGAAUUCAAAAAGAACAAAAUGGAAAGCUCCCCUGGAAAAAUAUCAGAGCUACUAAAAAUAGGAACUGAUGUUGAAAUUAUUCUUCGGACGUCUGUUAUUCAAGGAAUUCACUCCGAUUCAAAUACAAUAGUGUUACAGCCCAGGAAAGAUCUUCUCCUUGACAAUGUGCCAUAUUGCAACGCAAUUGAAAAGUAGCCAAAAUAUUUGCAGGGGGUGGGGGGAGUCUGUUCUGUCUUGUUGUUUGUUUGUUUGUUUUUUGCUUCAAUUGUAUAGUUGUCCAUUCUUGUGUAAACAUUUUAAACAGAAAAAUAUUUUGAAAAUCUAUAAAUUAUGAAAUGCAUUUUGAGCUGUAUGGAGACUUCAUUUACAUUGGACCCUUAUUUUGUUGCAAACAUGUUUUCUCAUGAUUUUUAAAAUGUCAAUAAAUUAUUUUGCUUAUAUUUA